ACAUCUUUAUAACACAUACAACCACUCAUUUAACUCCACAUGUUCAACUCUACACUCAGAUAACUUUUUGUUUCCCUCACCAACCCCAUACCCCUCCACCUAAAUCUUUGGCACACCCACCAAUCCACCAUUAUUUCUUCUGCUCUUCAUAACAACGCUUGUUGAUCAGAUCUACUAUAGUUGUGCAUUUUUUGAGAGACCUGUAAUAUGGGUAAAGUGUUUACUUUGAAGGAGGUUGCUGAUCACAACACACCUAAAGAUUGCUGGCUCAUAAUCGAUGGAAAGGUCUAUGAUGUGACAAAGUUCUUGGAGGAUCAUCCUGGUGGCGAUGACGUUUUGUUGUCUGCUACAGGAAAGGAUGCAACCGAUGAUUUUGAAGAUGUGGGCCAUAGCACAACUGCUAAAUCUAUGAUGGAUGAAUUUUAUGUUGGGGAUAUCGACGCAUCAACAAUUCCGUCAAAGGUCGAGUACAAGGCUCCAAACCAGGCUCAUUACAACCAAGACAAAACUCCAGAGUUCAUCAUCAAGAUCCUGCAAUUCUUAGUUCCACUGGUGAUUUUGGGUGUUGCGGUUGGGAUCCGGUUCUAUACAAAAGCAUUGUAAGAUCAUAUGAUCUGGGUGUUUCGAAUCCGUUUCUUCUAAGUCUGUUGUUUAAGGUUAUGAGUUGUUUGUGUUAUAUAUAAGAAUCUUGAAACUGUUUGAUUUGAGGGAUGAAAUGAUGGUUUGGUUAUGGUGACUUUAAGAUGCUUAUUAGAUUUCCUUUUUA